CCCCAAUUUGGGAUAAGACAAAAUAAUAAAUUUUUACCUAUAUUUUGCACUCCUAAUGGUAUAUAAAAAAAGCAAAUAGAGAACAACAUUUUUUGAACUUGGACUGAAUCUCAAAUCCCCUUACAAAGUGCAAAUGAUAGGAAAUCCAUAUUACAACCUUCAGGGGUUAACGAAUAAUGACGUAUUCUUUCAGGACCGCAUUGACACUGAACUUGGGGUCGUUUGGAACCUUUGAUUCUGGAAAUAAUGGAUUACGAGAAUGUGUAUAUUAAAGAUUAUGUGUAUAACAAGAAUGUGUGAUUUUGAAAAUUCAUUGUUUGGAACCCAUACUAGAAUACAUGGAUUAUAGUUUAAAUGAACUAUGGAUACUAAAAUCUCACCAGAAAGGUAAGAUUACGAAUACAUCAUUUUCAAUGUAUUAGGAAUACAACAUGAAUUAUAAAUUCAUGCAUUAUUGUUAUUAAAUCAAGUCAAAAAACUUUGUAUUCUCACAAGACAUGUAUACUGAGAAUACAACAUCUUGAACGCACUUCUAACACUUGUUCCACUUUUGGAAGACCCUGCGUUAUAUCACCAUAUCUCGAUUUUUCAUAUAUAAAUGUAACUAAUGUAUCCCCUUCAGAAAGGAUUUUUCCGUAAUGGCCAUGAACAUUUGCUUCAGGAGUGGCCAAAUAAGAUUUAGCAGAUCUUAUUAUGACAGAUUCAACGUAAACAAUUAUAACUUUUCAAAUUUACAAACACGUCCACUACUUGUUGCAUGCUUUAUAAAAUUGUGGCAUGCUUGAGGAAGUUGUGGCAUGUUUUGAGAUUGUGGCAUGCUUGAGGAAGUUGUGGCAUGCUUUGAGUUUCUGGCAUGCUUUGAGGUUCUGACAUGCUUUAAGGUUGUGGCAUGGUUUGAGGAGAUCAUAGCAUGCUUUUAGGUUGUGGCGGUUGUGGUAUGGUUCGUGGUCACCCUUCAUUCUUUCCUCUCCUUCCCCAAUUUUUCAUAAUGCCAAGCGUGCCCCUCCUUCUCCUCCCCCCUCAUUAAUUGUGGCCAACCCAUUUAAAUGGAAAAGUUGUCCAAACAAAAUGUUCCCAUUGGCUAGAGCUAGAGUUAGCAUCAUACGUUUCGGUAAAACCAAACCGAACAAAAAUCGAUCGAAGCCAAAUUUAACCUUAUUAGGAUCAGAAUUCGAACUGAAAUAGACCAUAUUUCCAACACAAAUGUGAUCUGCACAGGGCCCAGGCCUAGCCCAACCCAAUUUUACAACCCUCAACCCAUUCCCUAUUAUCCUAAUGCCGCCCAACCCAACUCCAUUCUUCCACUCACCCACCCUAAUCAAAACCAGACCCAAUUCCCAUCGACAUCUAUUUCUCUUCAGCCUUUGCCGCUUGUAUUGUAACCCUAGGCCAUGACAAGACAAGAGGAUUCCAAUUUCGAAGUCCAACCAAAGCCUACAUCCACCAGUCAACAUGACCAACAAUCAGAAAGCUAGCAGACAAAGAAAUACUGGCAGCUCCACUAACACCGACAGUUAACCGAUUCAAAAUGAGGACGUCCCUGUUUUGGUAUGAUAUUGUUCAAUUGUGAGAUUGCAUUGGUUUGAUAGCUAGGAGUCUAGGAAGGACAAAGCAGAUUUAUCGGACUUGGUUGAGUUUAUGAGAGGCAGAUUUGUUGGACUAGCUAGAACUAGUAUGCAUGUAUAGCUGUAAUUUUGUAUGGAAUGUUGUAGAAAAUAAUUAGUGUGUAGUUGGUCGUGUCGACUAGUUUUGGAAAUGAAAUAAAUGAUAAAGCUCUCUACCAUAGCACCAUUCUCCCAAAUAAACUAACCCAAAGCUUCACAUUCCUCUCUUCAAACGUGUUCGACUAGUUGGAAAUAAAUGAUAAAGCUCUCUAUCAAGCUAUCUUUUGUAUCUUUCUUAAUGCUUAUAUCACUUGUGUUUAUUGAUGGUGUAUUGGUGAUGGAAGUAUACUUAGAUUAUUGAUGGUGUAGGAAGAGGAUUCAUCCGUCGGUGAGGCUCCUAAGGAGGAAGUUGUUGCUCCUACUGUCCUCUCUACUAGUACUACCAAAUAAAUACUAAAACCAAAAAAGGAAGGAGAUGAAGUCACGAGCUGUGUUGGACUCAAUUCACAAAGUUCAGUGCCCCUAACGGAUACAAGAUGUCAAGUUGUAUGAAGUGUGAGAAUGAGUACGAGGCCAGUCCAUUUCUUAAUGGCACCAAUGCUAUGAAUGUUCAUAUGCGAAAGGGUUGUGAUGCCAAAAAAGGUACUACUCAACAACUAUUGAAAUUAGGAAAAACUGGGGUAGAAGGUGAGGGUACUUUAAUGAAUUGCAGGUUUGAUCAAGAAGAUGCUAGAAAGGGUUUAGCAUACAUGCUCAUUGUUGAUGAAAAUAUGUUCAUGUUUUUUGAUGGGAUGGGGUUUAAGUACUUCAUGCCGCUAUGCGUCCCUAUGUUCAACAUUCCUUCUAGAAGAACAAUCACUAGGGUUUGCUUUGCCUUCUAUACUAAGAUGAAAGACAAGUUGAAAAGGGUUUUUCAAAGUUGUGAAGGAAGAAUUUGUUUGACUAAUGAUGCAUGGACUUCGAAUAAGUAAGAUAGUUUUAUGUGCUUAACUGCCCACUUUAUUGACCAAGAUAGAAAAUUGAGAAAAAAGAUCAUCAAUUUUGGGGAACUUAAAGGUCAUAAAGGUGUAGAUAUUGUUGAUGGCAUUGUUGCUUGUUUGGAUGAUUGGGGGAUUGACAAGGUCUUCAAAAUAACUGUUGAUAAUGCUAGCUCUAAUGACACAAUUGUAGCCAAAUUGAAGGAAGUUUUUAAUGCUAGAGGGACUAGUAUAUGUGAUAGUCCAUUCCUUCACAUGAGAUGUGUGGCUCAAAUUUUAAAUUUGAUUGUGUCUGAUGGGCUUGGAGAUAUCUACUUAUCGAUGAAGAGAAUUAGAGAAGCAGUGAGGUUUAUUAUAAAAUCACCAGAAAGGUUGAAAUUUUUUAAUGAGUUUGCCAAAUUUCAAAAGGUAGAAGGCAAAUGUGACUUUUGUCUUGAUGUUCCUACUAGAUGGAACUCAACAUUCUUGAUGUGCGGGCUGCUCAGAGGUUUGAUAAGGUGUUUAAGAUGUUUGGCAUGUAUGACGACCAUUUUCAAAAGGAUUUGGAAAGCAGAAAGGAUAGUCCCAGAGAAGAAUGAUUUGAAGAUCUUGGGCUCAAGAUAUACCACUUCUAACUUGUUUUUACAAGAUAUGCAUUCCCUAUAUCAUUUGAUACACAAGUUGGAGACUGAAGUUGAGAAAGAUUAUGACUUGAGUGUCAUGGCUAGCAAGAUGAAAUUGAAGUACGAGAAGUAUUGGGUAGAUGUGGAUAAAAUGAAAAAGCUACUUUACAUCUCAACUAUUAUGGAUUCAAGGUACAAGUUGGGUUUUGUUGACUAUGCUUUGAAAAGGGUGUAUCCUGAGGAUGGUAAGGGAGGAUGUAUGUCGGAAGAUGUGAAGAAGGCUACAUUUGCUCUAUUUGCUCACUAUGAACAGCUUUGGAAAUCAAAGAAAUCUGAGAAUUCCUCUACUUCUUUGGCUCCAAUUGUGGAGGAGUGUGAUGUUGAUGAGAUUGAUGUAAUUGUUGAAUACAUAAAGCAUAGAGAGAAAAUUGUAGGGGCGGUAAACAAAUCUGAGCUUGAGAAAUACCUUCGUGAGAAAGACGAGCCAAUGGUGCUCAAGUUUCAUGUACUAGGUUGGUGGAAGGUUAACAACUUGAGGUUUCCAGCUCUUUCAUUGAUGGCUAAAGAUGUUCUAGCGGUCCAUAUCUCUGUCGUUACAUCCGAAUAUGCGUUUAGCGCUUGUGGGAGGAUUCUAGAUGAUUUCAUAAGUUCAUUGACUCCUAAGAUAGUGGAGGCCUUAAUUUGUAGAUCGGAUUGGAUUCAUGGUGAUUCUACACCACCAUCAGCCGAGGAGGAUCCAUAAGAGGUUGAGAAAAUAUAUGAAGGUAAAGUCUCAAAUCUAGCAUUACAUAUUUACAAGAUGAUUAUUUUGUAUGUCAUGACUAAUUUUGAGUCUUUUUAAUCUUGUAGAAUUGGACAAGUUGAUGAAUGCAGUUUCCAUAAGAGAUCAUCGUGUUUUAUCUAUCUCGACUUGCAGUGUACCAAGUCCAAGUGAAAGGAGAAACGAUGGCAGUGCAUCUAGUAGUGCUUGUGGUAAAAAUUUCGAUGUUUCUAUUCAUGUUUGAUGACUUUAGAAGUAAGAAGUUGAGAUUUUAUUCUACUUGGUUACUUGUAAUUAGCUCUAUACAUGUUAAUCACUAACCAUCAUUGUUUGAUGCUUAUUGUACUAUUUUCAAUUUAAAAGGUGUCAAUUGACCAAGAGUGAAGAGCCAAGAAGCAAGACCUUUGGAGUUUGUAAAAGUUAUUCUUGGAAUUUAGACAAUGGUUACCUUUCUUCUUUUAAUUUAAACUUAAAACCAUUUGUAUUGUAAUGAAUGCUUCUAAACUGGUGAACUUGAUGUAUUUGUGUUGGAUAUUUGGAAGGUGGACUUGAUUUUUUGUUGUUGAAUAUUUGGAAUGUGGACUUGAGACGAAUUUAGACAUUAAUUAUUUAUCUUAUCAAUUGAAAUAGCAGCAAAAAAACUUCCAGCAGCAGGCGAAAAAUGUCCAGCAUCAUCAGGAAGCAUAAAACCCUUAAAUGAUGCAGCAGCUCUUUUUUGGUUCUUACCAGAAAACCGAACCGAAUUGUAUUUCGGUUCAGCCAAACUAAACCGAAAUACAAUUUGGUUUGAAUUUGGUUGGUACAUUGCAGACUUUGGUACACCGAUAAUUCUCUGUUAUGUUCGGUUCAAACGGAACCGACCGAACACCCACCCCUAUGCUUGCAUGAUUCGUGGUCCCCCUUCAGAUCAUGUGGAAGACGACGAGAAGAAAGAUGAUGGGGAAAAUACGACCAGUAUCAUAGUUAAUUUGAUAAAGGGAUACGCCAAAAUCAAAACCUAUAUCUUUGAACUCCCCGUUGAACCCAGCUUGAUGUCUAUAAUGAGGUAGAGAAAGAAUGGUACCGAGCACGACAUGGGUUACUGUGAUUUUAUGGUUAAAAACCACAGUGGUGAAGAGAGACGGUUCAGGACCUGGUCCUCGUUUGAUACUCACGUUGAACAUCCUGACUGCCUCAGGACAAAAACUGAAUCGUUGAUCUUCGACCAAUGAACUCCAACCAAGCCCAUUCAGAAGUGAGGGAAUGUCCAUUCAAUACUUGUUAAAAGCUUAAGUUUGAAUAGUGGAGGAUGGUAGAAUAUGAUGAUCGCGGAAACAACGCAGUACCUGGCAUACUCAUGAGCAUUCCGAAAACCCUGAUUGUCGAAGGUAACAAUAGGGUGCAGAUGAGGAUUGUUCAACACCAUGGUGCCGCCAAAGAGGUUUUUUUUUGUUAGGUUAAAGGAUGAGGGGUAGGCAAGUGUGAAUAACCAGAAGAGGGUGAAGGCACUAACCUUUAUGGAAGAGAUCACUAUAAUAACUUGACACAACACCAAACUGCGACCAAGUGUAAUCGCAGUCCGGGAAUGCAGUAAAGUGGCAAGUUCAAUUAUCAACUCGGGGUCUAGAUCUACUGCUUACUCCGUGAGUAUCUAUUAUCUAGCCAACUAAGUCAAGUGAUUGUUGUUUUAAGCAAAAGCAGUAAGAAAGCAUGAAUUGGUUCGGUUUUCUCAAGCAAAGAAAAGUCACUAGGGAAUGAGUCCGCCUAGCUCCUUAGUUAGGUCUCAAUUGUAAUUAUCCUGGGUUGAUUUACUGUUGAUUAGACUGCGGAAGAUCCGACAGUAGCUUGGAAUCUCUUAAGCUGACCAAGCCCUCUCAGUGUAACUACCCGGCAGACGGCUAGCCUUCACCGGGAUAGAAAGCUGAAGCAAUAAGCACAGAACUCCACU